AACAAAAGGCUGCGGGAGGGGACCCAAGUCAGUCACAUUACCUUUCCCGUUUUUCUGAGCGUUGCCGUCAUGGGUACGGAAAUGCUGGCGGCCCCGAGAUCCAGACGACCCAACAACGCGGAGGACCCCUAUUCCUCCGUGCAUUUUGCACAGGGGGGACUGACUCUCUUCCCCCUUCUCUCCUUUUUUGGAGGCCAUGAAAGACUUGGUACGAUGGUAGGCUGCUGCGUAGCCGAAAGGGCCAGGAUACUCUUCCGCUGCCAUGAUUCUUUUGUCACACCUACGGGAUUGACACCGUGUACAAUUGCAAAAAGCUACAAGCAACACUUCGCUCAUUCUCCUUCCUCGGGGUUUCAUAGCCCCACCACGACGAUUCUCCCGCCAUGCGCAAUCCCAUCUGACCCGUCCGACCCUCCGCGUUCUUCCCAAAGCGUGUUCGGAAAGAUGCUGGCGGCCUCCAAAAUCACCAGCGGGGGGGUGAAUGCUAACGACGAAAACUGCCCACCCUUUGCCGCUGGCACCUCCAGCCGGGAUGGGGUUCGUGUUUCGGCGGCCGCUGUCUCUAACGGGCUCGCGGCUCGCGGCUGGCACGUACCUGAGGGGUGCGAUGGGUGUGAAACAGUGCUUUUCAAGGGGACGAUGUGCGCCAGAUGCAGGUUCGAGUUUGCGACUAGGUACCGCGGAUACGACUUGGGCGAAUAAGGGGUUCCUCUUGUAUCCAGGUGGAUCGCCCUCAGGGGCGGCGACCUGUCCUAUGCUGAUGUGGUGCAGCUUGGCGAUUUUGGAUUGCGAUGCAGGUUUGUGAGGGUCGAAGCUCGAACGCGUCGAUUCACGCGUCAGGAUCGUCCUU